CGCGCGCGCGCGCGCGCAGGGCGAAGGGAGCGGCAGCAGCAUGGAGUCUGGCGCACGUGUCUCCGCGCUCUGGGUCUAUCGCUCCGCGGCGGGUCCUGGGCUCUCGGUCUCCCUGCGAAGCAGGCGCAUAAAGAAGCGGCCCAAGCAGAGCAAGAGGGGGGUGUUCGGGGACUGUCCUGCUCCAGCGGGGCCCGGGAAGGGGGAGCAGCCCGGAGCCCCCCACCCCGGCCGGGGCGCAGCAGCAGGGCCCGGGAAAGGGGAGCAGUCCGGAGCCCCCCACUCCGGCCGGGGCGCAGCAGGAGGGAAGCUGGGAAGGAGCCGGAAGGGGAAGCAGAGAGACGGGUACUUGGACCCCAUGCAAAGCCAAACUUCGGGGCUGCAGGAAAUCCCCAGGCCGCAGUUGGCAGGGGUGGGAGCAGGAAGGGGGGCCAACUGCCCGGGGCCCCAGGAGCCCAUCACUGGCCCCUCUCUGCAUGGCCUUCUCCAGGAGCUGGGUCGGAUCCAGCACAGCAGGCAGCGGGCAGCCAAGCUGUUUGAGUGGCUGAUUGCGCCCAUCUCUCCACAGCAGUUCUUUGAGCAGAGCUGGGAAAAUAAACCCCUCCUCAUUCGGAGACACAACCUAGCAUACUACCAGGGACUCUUCUCCACGGCCACCUUCGAUGCAAUCCUGCGGGACAAUGAUGUCCAGUUUGGGGUAAACUUGGAUGUAACAAGCUAUGUGGAUGGGACGAGGGAAACCCACAAUCCUGUUGGCAGGGCGCUGCCUGCUGUCGUAUGGGAUUUCUACAGGAAUGGCUGUUCCCUGCGGAUGCUGAACCCUCAGGCCUUCUCUGCCACUGUUUGGCACUUCCUCUCCAUCCUACAGGAGCAGUUUGGGAGCAUGGCUGGAGCAAACACAUAUCUGACACCCGCGGGCACACAGGGCUUUGCUCCACACUACGAUGACAUUGAAGCUUUUGUGAUCCAGCUUGAAGGGAAAAAGCACUGGCGGGUUUAUGGUCCUAGGGAUGAUACAGAGGUGUUGCCCCAGUUCUCGAGCUGUAACUUUGCUCAGGAGGAGAUUGGAGAGCCCAUUCUGGAGACAAUACUCGAAGCUGGGGACCUGCUUUAUUUCCCCCGUGGAUUUAUCCAUCAGGGGGACUGUCUUCCUGAUGCACACUCACUCCACAUAACUCUUUCUUCAUACCAGAGGAACUCCUGGGGAGAUCUGCUGGAGAAACUCCUACCAGCGGCCUUGCAGAUGGCCAUAGAGGAGGAUGUAGAGUACAGGCAAGGGCUCCCUAUAGAUUACUUAGAAUAUAUGGGGGUCCUGAACUCAGAUGUGGUUGAUUCUCGCCGAGGUGCCUUUAUAGAGAGAGUACAGAAUUUGAUAAAGAAACUGGUGGACUAUGCACCAAUUGAUGCUGCAGUGGAUCAGAAAGCUAAGUUGUUUCUUCACGACUGCCUCCCUCCCAUGCUAACUGAACAUGAAAGGGCACUGAGUAUACAUGGUCUUCCAGCCAGGUGGGAAGAUGGAGAUGUUCGUGAUGCUGAUAUACCGAUAAACAAAGGGACUCAGGUACGGCUGCUCCGUCACGGCAUCAUUAGGUUGUGUAAUGAAGGAAAUGGUGUGCUGCUGUAUUACACAACAGAAAACUCAAGAGUGUACCACAAGGAGGAGCCCAAGUACUUGGAGAUAGAUACUGAGUUUACAGAUGGUAUUGAAUUUCUGCUUUCUUCAUAUCCAAAGUAUGUCUGUGUGGAGACCCUUCCGUGUGAUACCUUGGAUGAUAAGAUCUCCUUAGCUACCUUCUUGUUUGAAAAGGGCCUGCUGAUUACCAAGAAACCUCUGGUGCCUAUGUAAUUUGUUAAAUUAUGAUCAAAAUAAAUAUAUUGAUUAGAAAAA